UUGUCUUGCCUGUCUGGUACAUUUUGUAGUGACGACUCCUCUCCGCUAGAUGGCGGUCUGUUAUUGGUUUAUUUAGCAGUAGAAGAAGCAGCUCAACUAUGGCAACGGUACCAAUAAGCGAUGGCGAAAAAGUGUACAUCUUACACGGAAUUAGGGAUGAUCUGCGAGUGGAUGGACGCGGUUGUGAGGACUACAGACACAUGGACAUAGAGACGGAUGUGGUGUCCAACACCGACGGAUCUGCCAAAGUUACCCUGGGCCACACUGCAGUUCUGGUUGGAAUCAAGGCUGAGAUUGGGAAACCAAAGCCGUCGGCUCCAGAUGAGGGAUACCUGGAGUUCUUUGUUGACUGUUCAGCUAAUGCAACUCCUGAAUUUGAGGGACGAGGAGGAGAGGAGUUGGGCACAGAGUUGAGCAACACACUCUACAAAGUCUUCAACAACAAACACUGUUUAGAUCUGAAGAGCCUCUGUAUCAGCGCCGGAGAACACUGCUGGGUUCUCUACGUGGACGUCCUGCUGCUACAGUGUGAUGGAAACCUCUACGAUGCCAUUUCAAUUGCUAUCAAGGCAGCUCUCUUCAGCACCAAAAUCUCUAAAGUGCAUGUGUCAACUGAUGAAGAGGGAGGGAAGGAAAUUGAGCUUUCAGAUGACCCUUACGAUGUUGUGAGACUCAACGUGGAAAAUGUUCCUUGUAUAGUGACCCUAUGUAAAGUCGGGCACAGACAUGUGGUUGACGCCACGCUGCAGGAGAAGGCCUGCUCAGUCGCCAGUCUGGUCAUCUCUGUCACGCACAAGGGCAUCAUCACCUGUGUGAGGAAAGUGGGCACAGGCAGCCUGGACCCCGAAAGCGUGUGUGAAAUGACAGAGGCUGGUAAACGUAUUGGCAAAGCUCUUCACCCGCCGCUCAUCAGUCUGCUGCAGCAGGAGGAGAGAUUGGGAACCAAACGACAGAAAGUUGGCUUCCUUGGAUAACAGAUUACUUAAAGAGUCUUCAUAUUCUAAUAAACAUUUU